AUGAAUGGCUACGGCGACGUUCCCCAUGAUGCAUACAGUCUGAACGCUCAAGCGUUGUGCGUUCUCGCCGAGCAGAUUGUCAACCUCACCCGCGAUGAAGCGGUGUGGCGUCGCGCCUCCAACCUCUCUGCGGGCUCUAGUGGCGCACAAAUCAGUCUUACAUCACUCAGAAGUAUGCUGAUGGCCUGGCAGUCACUGGCACUCCUAGCUCUCAAGGCUGUGAGUCAUUGGUUGUUUGGUACCAGUGUUGUGGGAUUCUCUUAUGGUUAUAUUGCAUUUAAUCCAGUGCCCAUCUUCUGCCUGGCUGGUAUAAGUCUCAUACUUGCUGCAAUGGUGACCUUUCUAGCCUUCAAAAAGCCCAAAGGACCACAACCUGCUGCAUGGGGAAACCUGAAGAAACUGGCCAACUUUGUGGACGACUGGGGAAACGGAUCAUCCGAAAGGCUGUACUGGGGAGACAAGGGUGUGAGCGAUACCACGGGAGUGAGGAUUGCUGGGACGUCUCCUUUGCGACAGGGUGUCACCAAAAUAUGCAUGAGUGGCGUAUUGUAUGAAGGGCUAGGAUGCGAACCCUCCCAUAACGUGACAAGGUGUGCGCAGCAUACUUGA